GACCGCUUCGAGAGGAGUGUCCCCAUGUCCACCUACCUCUUGGCCUUCGUAGUGUCGGACUUUUCCUACAUCCCCUCCACCAGUGGCGAUGGCAUUCGCUUUCGAGGUUAGCUUGCCUGCAGAGCCUUCUUUGGGAACGUUUUAUUUUUAUUUAUUUAUUUUUUUAAUGGACGUGAAUUCACCGUAAAACCCACAUAGCUCGUGACCAACCCGUCAUCUAUACCAGCAGUGUGGGCGCAGUCGUCGGCCAUUCGGCAAGCGGAAUAUGCUAGUCAACUCAGCUCAAAGAUUUUGUCAUUCUAUGAGACAUACUUCAAUGUGUCUUACCCGCUCCCGAAAAUGGACAUGGUGGCGGUGCCGGACUUUGGAGGGCAAGGCAUGGAAAACUGGGGUCUGAUUACGUUCAAAGACAGGGCAGUGCUGCACGAUCCUGACGUGACCUCCGCAAAGUCCAAGGAGAGCUUGGUCGACGUCGUGGCCCACGAGCUGGCGCACCAGUGGUUCGGCAACCUGGUGACGCCCAAGUGGUGGGACGACCUCUGGCUCAACGAGGGAUUCGCGACCUUCAUGGCUUUCGUCGGGAGUUCUCAUGUAUGUGUGCCGCGUUCUGCCUCCAUGCAAGGGGGAAGUUUCAAAGUCAACAAGGGAAGUGGAGUGGGGACAGUAUAAAGA